AUAGUGAAGGCGACCGACCGAAGUCGUUUCUCAUUUUUCUCUUUUGCAAUGAGCCUUUACAUGCCAUUAUUCAGAUCAUGCACAACUUUGAGACUCCUGACUCAACUCCACGCCCAUAUCUUGGUUACUGGCCUCCAUUAUGACAACCUUCCCUCUACAAAGCUCAUUGAAUCCUAUGCCCAGAUGGGCACACUUAAUUCUGCAAGACUUGUUUUUGAUACCUUCCGAAACCCAGAUUCCUUCAUGUGGGGUGUCCUGAUCAAGUGCUAUGUCUGGGACAACUUCUUUCAUGAAGCUCUUUCGCUCUACCACGAAAUGAUACACAAGCAGGCUUACAUUAGUAGCUUUGUGUUUCCUUCAGUUUUGAGGGCUUGUUCGGGUACUGGCGACUUGGGUUUUAGCGGAGAGGUUCAUGGAAGGAUAAUAAAGUGCGGCUUUGAUGAUGAUACUGUUAUUCAGACCUCACUCGUUAGUAUAUAUGGUGAAAGAGGAUGCCCGAAUGAUGCUAGGAAGGUGUUUGAUGAAAUGCCGGAAAGAGAUGUGGUUUCAUGGAGUUCCAUUAUUUCGAGCUACGUCAACAAUGGGCAGGCAAGGGAAGGGUUGGAGAUAUUUCAUUUGAUGGUCCUGGAAAGUGUCAGACUGGACCCAGUGUCAUUGCUUAGUGUGGCCGAGGCUUGUGCUGAGGUUGGCCACUUGAGAUUAGCAAGGUCGCUCCAUGCUCAAAUAGUGAGGAGAGGAAUUGAAUAUGAUGGUUCAUUGGCUAAUUCUUUAAUUGCAUUGUACAGUAAAUGUGGUGACUUGUGUACUGCAGAGAGGAUUUUUGUAUACUUGAGCAACCCAAGUACUAGUUCAUGGACAGCUUUAAUUUCCUGCUAUAAUCGAAGUGGGUUCUUCCAAGAAGCCGUAGAAGCUUUCCAUGAUAUGCUAAAUGCUGAAGUAGAACCCAAUUCUGUAACCAUGAUGGCCAUGGUUGGUUCCUGUGCUGGGAUGUGCUGGCUCAGAGAGGGGAAGUCAAUUCAUUGUCAUGUUAUUAGGAAAGAAAUAGACCCUGACUAUGACCUUUUAGGGCCAGCGUUGAUAGAAUUAUAUGCUGAGUGUGGGAAAUUAAAGUACUGUGAUAAAGUUCUUGACAUAUAUGGGCACAGAAAUAUUGUGUCAUGGAAUGUGCUUAUAUCAAUUUAUGCUCACAAAGGGUUGUCAAUGGAAGCAUUGGUGCUCUUUGUGCGAAUGCAGAUACAAGGACUAAUUCCAGACUCAUUUAGCCUAGCAAGUUCUCUUUCAGCUUGUGCAGAUGUUGGUUUAUUGGAGCUUGGAUGCCAGAUACAUGGUCAUAUUAUGAAAAGAGGACAUUCAGAUGAGUUUGUCAAGAAUUCACUAAUUGAUAUGUACUCAAAAUGUGGUUACAUGGGAUUAGCACAUAUGGUAUUUGAUGAGAUUAAACAGAAAAGUGUCAUAACAUGGAAUUCUAUGAUUUGUGGAUUUUCUCAAAAUGGUUAUUCAGUAAAAGCAAUUAGCAUCUUUGAUCAAAUGUUCUUAAGCUGUCUUGAGAUGAAUGAAGUGACCUUCCUAAGUGUGCUUCAAGCAUGCUCCAAUUUGGGUUAUCUUGAGAAGGGAAAAUGGGUUCAUCACAAGCUCAUUACAUCUGGUGUAAGAUAUAAUCUUUAUAUUGAUACAGCUUUAACUGACAUGUAUGCCAAGUGUGGAGACCUUCAAACAGCCCAAAGAGUUUUUGAUCACAUGCCAGAAAGGAGUGUGGUUUCAUGGAGUGUAAUGAUAGCUGGAUAUGGAGCGCAUGGUUGGAUACAUGUUGCAGUAUCACUCUUCAAUCGUAUGGUGGAAUCAGGAAUAAGUCCAAAUCAAGUUACCUUCAUGAAUAUUCUUUCUGCUUGUAGUCAUGCUGGAGUUGUGAAAGAAGGGAAGUCUUUUUUCAACUCGAUGAGGGAUUUUGGUGUUGAGCCUACUACAGAACACUAUGCUUGUAUGGUUGACCUUCUGAGUCGUGCAGGUGAUUUAAAUGAAGCAUAUAAAAUAAUCAAAGCAAUGCCAUUUCCUGCAGAUGCCAGUAUUUGGGCUGCUCUACUUAAUGGGUGUCGAAUACAUCAGAGGAUGGACAUGAUCAAAACUUUUGAAAGAGACUUUUCAGAUAUCCGUUCAGAUGAUACUGGAUUCUAUACUUUAUUAUCUAAUAUAUAUGCUGAAGAACGGAAGUGGAAUGAGUUUGGGAAGGUGAGAUCAAUAAUGAGAGGCAUGGGUCUUAGGAAGGUGCCUGGGUACAGCAUAAUAGAGGUUGAAAAGAGAGCUUACAGGUUUGGAGCUGGGGACACCUCUCUUCUGCAAAAAAUGGAAAUUCCCAGUUUCUUGCCUUGUGGCUGACCUUGUGGGAUUUUAAGACAUCUAUGAUAAUAUUUUAUUUGCCAAGAAAAAAUGGCUGAGUAG